AUGUUGACCAUUCGGGAGGACAAAUGGGCAGGAUAUCCGCCUCAGAAGCGCAAACUGAGGGCCUCGCGCGUAGAUCCGUCACCUAAGGCUGCUGACAAGUCCAUGAUGCCGGCUGUCCCAGCAUCGGCGUUUGAUCUGGUCUGGUCCAUCCAUGCUGGGCGAGUGUUUGGUGCUGCGGCGGAAGCAGCCAACCGCUGCCGAAGCCCGAACGACGAUGUCAACUGUGACAUGGUCAACUGGACACUUGACCAGCCGGCAUUUUUCGAUUCGCGGUCAACCAUUGCACUCUGA